GACGUUCAUUUGAGUUUCGCGGUUCGACGUGCUUGCCCACUUGGUCUUUCGGCUCUGGAGAAAACUAUUCGAAUCUGGUUAAAAGCAAUCUAAUUCCCAGCUACUCAGUUCAGUUUCGUUUCCCAGUCCAACUAUAAAAGUGCGCUGCAGUCUCUGUCAAACAACUGCAUUCAAAUAUAUAUGUUUAUGAUUGCCAAUUGCAUUUUCAUGAGCUAACUGUCUCGCAUCGCGUGUGAAAAGUUACAAACAAUACAAAAUUGCCAACGGUUAAUGUUAAUAUCGAGGCAAUUAUUAAAAAAAAAGUAAUUUGAUUGUCUGGCUUACGCAAGGCCAACUACAAUUACCAAUACUGCAACAAAAAAAACCAACUACAACAACCAAAACAAAUCAAAUAAAACAGCACAGAAAUCCCAAUUUGGAUUUAUUAAUAGCGCUGAAAAAACACAAAACAACAGUCGUUGCUGUAAAUAACACAACAAAUUGCCAUCAACAGCCAAUAUGUCGAUCGCCAGUGUUCACGGUCCCCAAAUCGCCGACAUCUGCAGUCCCUUGUCGCAUCACAAUCUGGGUUUGUCUGCGUCGUUGCCAGAUCUAGUUGGUAGUCCCCUAGAGAUCAGCAUGGACAACGUGUUGACCAUCGAGGAGCUGCGCCAGCAUAUGGGCUCCUGCUUCACCUGCGGCGUUUCCUGGACCGAUGAUCAUGUGUCCCUCGAUUGCAGCGAAUGCGGUGGUUACAGCCUGGAGCGUCCCUGUCCCCUUUGUGACGGCCAGUGCGGUGUCCAAUGGAAACGUGAUUUCGCCAUGUCUCAUGCCUGCAGUCAAGCCCGUUGGGUGGGCGUGUGCAUCAGUUAUCCGGAAGUUGUGGCUGGAGUACAGUUACCCGUUGGAGGUGCCGGUGGAGCUGCCACCUCAUGUGCCGCUGCCGCUGCGAAUCAACUGCGUUUGGCCCAGGAGCUUUGCUCUCGUCUGGAACAGCUGUCGACGUCAUCGGCUAGCAAAAGCGGACGCAUCUAGAGCGAGGUCUGCCCAACAGUUCCUUCGACAGCCAGACUGCAAACACGCCUCCACAUCAGCCACACCCCCACACACUCAGCCAUUCAUCCGGAUAGCAGAUAGAAGAUAUCAUAUAGCAGAUAGCUAUAGCAGAAACAGCUUCACCUCCUCUACACAAAAAAACACACAGUCUCACCCGUAAUUUAGGGCCUAAUUACUAAGCUUUUAAGUUGUUAGUUUUUAUUGUUGUGCAGCGUUGAGUCUUAAUUUUUUUUUUUUUUUUUUUUUUUUGCACAAAUUUACUUUUCUUUUGUUUUAUGAUUUCACCGGUUUCGUUUUCGUUUCGUUUGUUGUGUUGUGACUCUGCGAAAUGUUUAGCAGCUAAGUUAGUACCACCUUUGUUUACUUUUUAAUGGCACCACCAUCAUUUUGUUUGCACACAUGACCUGUUCUAUCCAGGAAAAGACUUCUUUCUGCUUAGACUUAAGCCGAGUUUAGGCAUUGCAGUGAUAACGGUGAUAUUAGCCAGAAAGAAUCGUGAACAAAUAGUGAAUUUAUAAUGAUGUAGCAAAUGUCUAACUAUAGCUAUAGCGAUUGAUGAUGAUCAUUUUUGUAUAACACACACAAACACAAGUACAUUUACCAAACAGACGGUGUAAUCGUGUAGAGAUUGUUGUUAACAAUUAGUUAGUUAGUUGUUGUUGCUUUUUGCCUUGUGUCAAAGCUUGUUAGAAGCGAGGAGUUCCGUUGGCACAGAUCAAAGUUAGCUAUGAUGGUGCUAAUCGGUGGGCUCAGUGAGCGUAACAAAGAAUCUUCCAAAUUGCAUAAUGCUCAACAAAGUAACUACAGGAUUGAACAGUCUCUCCAAAGGGGAAAGCGAAAGCGCGAGAAAGUAAAUGAGAUGAAAAUUUAAGGAUAUAAGAACACGCACAAGGAAACAAUUAAAAAGCAUUACUCAAAAAGUUGAAGAUUUUCUGUGAAAAUCCAUAUGACAUGUAGAAGUUUAUACCUAAAUAUAUACACCUAAAUAUAUAUAUAUUAUAUACCAUAUAAAUCUGCAUACAAUAUAUACAUAUAUAAAUAUAUAUAUUUUUAAUGUAGAGAUAUGUUUUGUAAAAGACAAAGGCAUAUUUUUAAAAUUAAAUACCUAAACUAUGCAAAAAUCAAAA